AUGUCGUCCACUAGUACAACAUGCAUUGAGCUAGCUCUACAUGCGAGUAAAAAUCAGCGUCAAGAAACGUUGCUAUGGCUGGUGAUUGCUCGAUACCAGCCCUGCAAGAAGUCGUACCGUCGAGUCUGGGUCUCGGGUCUAACCAAAGCCAAGAUGAGGUCGGUAUUCAAGGUACGGCCUGCCUUGAUUACGCAAGACAACACCAAAGAACUUCCGGAACAGCCGCCAUUUAUGACAGCUACCGACAUCGAGAUUCUGGCAAGUCUGAGGACGUUUUACAACAAGCCCAAGGAACUGUUGCGGAUUGCUGCACCGGCGCUAAUCUCUUUAGCCCUAUGUCCCAUCACAAUAUACCUGUACGAGCCUCUGGUUCAGGCGUUGUGGCCCACCUCCUUAUUCCCGGACAUCAACGACGCCAUUGCUUGUUUUCUCAGCCCCGCCGGUCUUGUCUACGCCACCUCUUUUGGAUUUGCCUUUCAACAAGCCUUAUCCAAACAACACGAAGUCCUUGUCCACGUGACCGAAGAGCUCAGCAAGAUUGACCAAAUUGCUACCCUGACCAGCAAGAUAAGUCUGCCGUCGCUGGAAGAUAGACUGGAGAUUUACAGAGCCAUUAAAGCGGAAAUUGUCUUUAUGAUUCUCCAAAUUGAGCAACGAGAUUUAUGCGACUUAAAAUUUCCGCCAAAGGAGAACAUUAAAGUAAAAAUUUGGAGUGUGGUGGACAUUUUAAGAAAAGUACCACUUGACGACCAAAAAUCUUACAUGGACAGAAUUAUGUGUGAGAAAAUCGUCAACCACAUUACUCAGAUCAACAGCAUAUGCUCGGACCGAAUGGGCACCAUUCACAGCAGAAUACAUCCGCUCAAAUGGGCAUUCCUGGAAACAUUAGGGUUCUUCUCGUUUCUUGGUGUACUGUUGCUGCAGGCGGGAGGAUAUCGGAUGGAGUUGGCCAUGUGUAUUAUAACGGUUUUCUCCAUCAGUAUGCUCUGCUACGUCGUCUCCGAUCUGGACUCUCCCUUCAGCGGCUUUUUCCGUGUGGAUUUGUCCGUGUUCCCUGAUGUUAUGAACAGACUGGAGACAAAUGCUCAUGUCAGUUUACUUACUGGAAGUACCUCGACAAGAUCUGAUAUCCAGCGCCUUCCUCAGACCUCAACAGGGUCUGAUAUACACCGCCUUCUUCAGACCUCAACAGGGUCUGUUAUACAUCGCCAUCAUCAGACCUCAACAGGAUUGUUAUACACUGCUUUCGUCAGACCUCAUCAAGGUCUGUUAUACACCGCCUUCAUCAGACCUCAGCAGGAUCUGUUACACAUCGCCUUCAUCACACCUCAACAAGAUCUGUCAUACACCACCUUCAUCACACCUCAACAGGAUCUGUCAUACACCACCUUCAUCAGACCUCAACAGGAUCUGUCAUACACCACCUUCAUCAGACUCGACGAGAUGUUAUUCAUCGCCUUCCUCAGACCUCAACAGGAUCUGUCAUACACCACCUUCAUCAGACCGCAACAGGAUCUGCUAUACAUCGCCUUCAUCAGACCUCAGUAG